AUGUCAGUAUUAUCGGCAUCGCCUAUUGUUGGAUAUGAUCGUAAACAAUCAUCAUCAUCAUUAUCAUCAUCAUCAUCAUCAUUAAAUAAAAAAAUGAUGUUAUUACCACAAAUUGAACAUCCAUCAAAACGAAUUGAUUCCGAUGAUAAAAAUUCAUUAGAUAUUCGUGGAAGAUCACGAGAUGGUCAGGGAGAUGGAAAAUUAAUUCGAAAUGAAUAUUCAACAAAUGAAUCUGAUCGUCGUCAUAGAAGAUCAUCUUCAUUUAAAUAUAAUUCUAAAACGAGAAAAUAUUCUCAACAUCAUUUAGAUGAUAUACAAGAACAUAUAAAUACUCAAAAUGAAAUUGAUCGAGAUCAAGUUCGUUUACCUAUUUUUGGUCGUCGAGCAGAUAGUAGAUCAUCAUCAUGUGAUUAUAAUAAAGAGAAAGAAAAUGUUCGAACAUCUCGAAUUGAAAUUGAUGAACUUGAAAUGAUGUUAAGAGAAAAAGUUCGUUCACAAUUACAUGAUGUUCGAACGAAAUUUCGUCAUGCUGCUCAAAAUGAUCCGAAUGGAAAAAUCUCUCGACAAGCUUUACAACAUUUAAUUGCAACUAUAUUUGGAACACAAAAACAAAUUGGACCAAAUCAAAUUGAUAAAUUAUUGGAACGACUUUAUCUUAAACAUUUAAAUAAAAUAAGUUUUGAUGAAUUUCUUCAAUCAUUAUAUAAUGGUGAAGAAGAUCUUCCUGAUUGGAUAUAUAGUCAAAGAUCAUCAAGAGAAGAAUCUUCAUCAAAAAAAACAGCUGAACAAAUGUUUAUUAUAUUAAAAGAAAAAGUUCGAACUAAACAUAAGGAUUUAUUAAAUCUUUGUCCUUCAUUGAAUGGUGGAUCAUCUUCAAGAAUAUUUAAAGCACAAUUUCAUAAUGCUAUUAUUGAUAUGGGUUAUAAAAUGAAAGAUAUAGAAUUUGAUAAAUUAUGGGAUAAAUUUGAUACAGAUGGAUUCAAAGGAAUUAAUUCGGAUAAAUUUAUAAAAAUUUUAAUAAAUGAUUCUAUUGGAGAAGAAGAUUCAACAAUGAAUUCAAGAGAAAAUCUCGAUGAAGAAUUAAAUUAUUCUCGAUCAACAAAUAUUCAAUCAUCUCAUAGUGAUUCAAAUUUAAAAACACCUCGUACUAUUAAUUCACGUGGUCAAUUAGAUGAAAAUCAAAUUCAAAAAUGGUUUAAUUAUAAAUUUCCUCAAGGAUUUUCUGAUCUUGAACGUUCACUUGAACGUUUAGAUACAAAACAAAUGGGAACUUUACCUCGUGAUCGAUUUCUUGAUGAAUUAAAAAGAUUUGGUUUAAAAUUAGAAUCAAAUCUUUUGGAUUUUUUUUUAAAACGAUUAGAUAUUGAUUUAUCAUUAACAAAUGAUGGAAUACCUUAUCAUGAUGUUAUUAAUGCUUUUAAACAAAGAUCAGAUCCAACGAGAAAAAGAAUUAAUGCUGAUAAUCAUUUACCUCAUGAAGAAACUCGUCAAACAUCAUUAGAACGACAAAUAGAUAAUGCAUUAUCAAUGAAUUAUGAACAAGUUCGAGAUUUAUUUAAUCGUUUUGAUAAUUUACAUAAUGGAACAAUAAACGCAAAUGAUUUAAGAUCAAUAAUUGAAGAUUUUAUUGAAUAUACAUUAAAACCUGAUGAAUAUUAUCAAUUACUUAAACAAAUUCCAAUUGAUGAUAAUGGAAAAAUUAAAUAUAAAGAAUAUUUAAAACAAGUUCUUGAUCGAACACUUUAUUUACAAGAAGAACAACAACAACAACAACAACAACAGAAAUUAUCGAAAAAAUCUCAACGGGAAUUAAUAAAAACAAAAAAUAAUCAUCAAAAAUUUAAUAUUGAAGAAUUAAAACAAAAAAGAGAAGAAAGACAAUAUAAAUUAAAUGAUAAUUCGAUUUCGAAUUUAAAUAAUGAUGAUCAACAAAAAACAAGAUCAAUUGAUGAGCUUCGUGAAAUGUUAAAAUCAUUAAUACGAAAUCGUUAUAAAGAUAUUGAAGAAGAAUUUAAAAAAAUUGAUCGGGCUUCAUAUAGAGAAUUAACACAAGAUCUUUUAUACGAUUUAUUUAAACGUCUUGAUAUUAAACCUGAAGUAACACGUACUGAAAUCGAUUUAAUUUGGUCUCGUUGUCAUUUAAAAGAAAAUGGACAUUUAGAUUUUUAUCAAUUUUUACGUGAAUUUGGUUAUUCAAAACGUUCAGCACAUUAUCCAAAUGCUAAACAAAAUCCACCUAAAAGAGGUGAUGCAGAUUUUCUAUUAACAUCAAGAAAAUUAUAUGGAGAUUCUGUUCUUUUUUUAAAUAGUUUUGAUGAAUUUAUUAAUUCAUUAUUCACUGGUGAAGAAGAAUUACCUGCUUGGCUAACUCGUCAAUCAUCUACACCUCAAGAAUUUUUAACUAAACGAACAGCUGCCCAAAUGUUUAUUAUUCUUAAAGAUAAAGUUCGUACUAAAAAUAAAGAUUUAGUUAAUUUAUGUCCAUCAUUGGAUGGUGGAUCACCUUCAAGAAUAUUUAAAGCACAAUUUCAUAAUAAACUCAUUGAUAUGGGUUAUACAAUGAAAGAUAAAGAAUUUGAUAAAUUAUGGGAUAAAUUUGAUACUGAUGGUUUUCAUGCAAUUAAUUCCGAGAAAUUUUUAAAACGUUUAACCAAUGAAGAAUUUAUUAAUGAAAGUCCAUCAAUUCCAACAAGUGAAUCACAAGAUCAACAAACAGCUAUUUUAAGAGCAAAACAUAAUAAUUGUUAUAAUGAUGAUUCACAAGUGAAAACACCUUCUAUAAAUAAUUGUCAUUCUCAUUCUCAAUUAGAUGAUUAUCAAAUUGAUACAUGGAUAAAUCAUAAAUUUCCUCAAGGUUUUUCUGAUCUUGAACGAUCACUUGAACAAUUAGAUAAAAAACAAAUUGGAACUUUAGAACGUCAUCAAUUUAUUGAAGAAUUAAAACGUUUUGGAUUAAUAUUAGAAGGAUAUAUUUUAGAUUUCUUAUUAAAACAUUUUAAUAUUGAUUUAACAUUAACAAAUGGUUUAAUUCCUUAUCAACAUGUUAUUAAUGCUUUUAAACAACAGGCCGAUAAAAAAAACAAACGAAUCAAUUCUAAAACUGACUUAUAUAAACAAGAACAUAAUAAAACAUCAUUAGAACGACAAAUUCAAUAUUUAAUAUCAAUUAAUUUUGAAAGAAUUCGAGAUGAAUUAAUAAAUAUCGAUAAUAAUAAUAAUGGUACUAUUUCAAAAAAUGAUAUGAAAUCAUUAAUUGAAGAUUUACUUGAAUUUCCAUUAAGACCUGAUGAAUAUAAUCAAUUAUUAAAACAAUUUCCAAUUGAUCAAUAUGGAUUUAUUAAAUAUAAAGAUUAUUUAAAACAAGUUAUGGAUCAUAACAACUUUAUAGAACAAGAACAAGAACAAGAACAAAAAUCAAUUGUAAUUCCUCAAUGGGAUUAUAUGAGAUCAAAAAAUAUUCGUGAAAGUCUUAAUCAAGAACAUAUUAAAUAUAAAAAAAGUGAAAAAAAAAAUGAUUUUAAUGAAAAUAAUCAAGAAAAAACAAGAUCAAUUGAAGAGCUUCGUGAAAUUCUUAAAAUAGUUAUUAGAAAUCGUUAUAAAGAUAUUGAAGAUGAAUUUAAAAAACUCGAUCAUUCUUCAUAUGGAGAAUUAACACAAGAUCUUUUAUAUGAUUUAUUUAAACGUCUUGAUAUUAAACCUGAAAUAACACGUUCAGAAAUUAUUUUACUUUGGUCUCGAUGUCAUUUAAAAGAAAAUCGAAAUUUAGAUUUUUAUCAAUUUUUAAGGGAAUUUGGUUAUUCAAAACGUUCAGCACAUUAUCCAAAUGCUAAACAAAAUCCACCUAAAAGAGGUGAUGCAGAUUUUCUAUUAACAUCAAGAAAAUUAUAUGGAGAUUCUGUUCUUGUUCAUGGAACUGCACUUAAUGCUAUUCGUUCAAAUUGGGAUCAAUUACGAAGAGAAUUUACUGAAUUAGAUCCAUAUAGAACUGGUUAUGUUCAAUCUGAUGAAUUUGAUGAUAUUUUAACUGAACUUUGUCCACAAGUUAAUCAAGAAGAUAUUGAUAUGAUUAAAUUAAAAUUUCAAACACAAAGUGAUUCAAGAAUGAAUUAUGUUCGAUUUUUAAAACAUCAUGCACCACUUCCAGAAUUAAUUGGUCUUGUUGAUGAAUCAAAUAAAAAUCCUUUACCAACUAUAAAUGAAAAGUCGCCUCGUGGUACAUACGAUCGAUCGGUUUUAAAUCAACUUUCUAAUAAACUUCGAAGAAAAUUAUCGGAUUCUUAUAAACAAUUACGACGAACAUUUAAACAACGAGAUCCAACAAAUAAUGGUUCUAUACCUGUUAAACCAUUCAAAGAAAUUCUUAUUCAAUAUAAAUGUCCUUUAAAUGAUGAAGAAUUUUAUACAUUAACAUCACAAAUUGAUACAAAAAUGGAUGGAACAAUAGAUUAUAAUUAUUUUCUUCAACAAUAUGUCAAAAAUAAUUAG